UCCUCCCUCCCACCUCCAGCCGCCAGGUCCCCAACCGCCCGCCAGGCUUGGGCCUGAGUGGCAGAGGCGCCUGCAGCUGCCAAUCCCCAAAAUAUUCUCUGAUGACACAGCUGGAGGACAAGAGCCCAGACUGGCUCCCCAGUCUAAGUAUAGAGCAGGCAGGACCACCUGCCCCCAACCCCUAGCCCCAGUUCUAGCCCCCUCUCCAGCCAUUCCCCUCCAUGACUGGCCCAGCAGCUGCUUGGCUGAAAGGGGCCCCAGAAGGUCUGAGGGGUUGCCGCAUUCUCUCUGACAAGUAACACUUUUAGGAGCUGGCAGACCCCAGCCUCCAGGCUCCUGUCCCACCUGGUGUCACCUCUGUGCUGGGUGCUGGGUUGUGACUCUGUGUGCGUGCGUGCGUGUGUGUGUGUGUGUGUGUGUGUGUGUGUGUGUGUAGGGGGAAGGGGUUGUAUGUGUGGGUCAGGUCACUUGGGGUGAAAACCCUCGCUAGCCCUCUCCCCCACAUUCCUGGCGGGAGUGGGAGAUAAGGCUCAGGGCCACAGACAUCUGCGUCAGAGAUAGAAGGUCUCAAUGCCAUGGGCAGGGGCAACUUGGACUGCAGGGCGUGGGAAGGACUGGGGAAGACUGGGGUGAGAAGGGUAGAAGAGGGCAGGUGAUGGGAUGGGGAGGGGAGAGUGGGGAGGCCCAGGGCAGACCCUGACAGAAGGGAAACAGGGCAGAGUGUGGUUUCACCGCUGGCAGGGCCAGGCAAGCUAUGUGGCCUCAGCUGCUCCUCUUACUGCUGGCCCAACGGGGUGGGCAUGGCUGCCAAGGGCCAGAGCUGGACAGGGAAAUUGUCCUGGCCAAGGUGAGGGCCCUGUUCCUCGAUGCCUUGGGACCCCCAGCGGUGACUGGGGAAGGUGGGGAUUCUGGAGUCAGGCGUCUGCCCCGAAGACACGCUGUGGGGGGCUUCAAGCGCAGGGGCUCUGAGCCCGAGGAGGAGGAUGUCUCCCAGGCCAUCCUUUUCCCGGCUACAGGUGCCAGCUGUGGGGAUGAGCCAGCUGCUGGAAAGCUGGCCCAGGAGGCCCAGGAGGGCCUCUUCACAUAUGUAUUCCGGCCAUCUCAGCACACACGCAACCGCCAGGUGACUUCAGCCCAGCUGUGGUUCCACACGGGACUGGACAGGCAGGAGACAGCAGCCGCCAAUAGCUCUGGGCCCCUGCUAGGUCUGCUGGCACUGUCAUCUGGGGGCCCUGUGGCUGUGCCCAUGUCGCUGGGCCAGGCACCCUCUCGCUGGGCUGUGCUGCACCUGGCCGCCUCUGCCUUCCCUCUGCUGACCCACCCUGUCCUGGUGCUACUGCUUCAUUGUCCUCUCUGUUCCUGCUCGGCCCGGCCUGAGGCCACCCCCUUCCUGGUGGCACACACACGGGCCAGGCCACCCAGUGGAGGGGAGAGAGCCCGACGCUCCACUUCCCCUCUGCCUUGGCCUUGGUCUCCUGCCGCGCUGCGCCUGCUACAGAGGCCUCCAGAGGAACCUGCCGCCCUUGCCGACUGCCACAGAGCGGCCCUCAACAUCUCCUUCCAGGAGCUGGGCUGGGACCGGUGGAUCGUGCACCCUCCCAGUUUCAUCUUCCACUAUUGUCACGGGGGCUGUGGGCUGCCCACCCUGCCAGACCUGCCCCUGCCAGUCCCCGGGACUCCCCCUACCCCUGUCCAGCCCCUCUCUUUGGUCCCAGGAGCCCAGCCCUGUUGUGCUGCUCUCCCGGGGACCAUGAGGCCCCUACGUGUCCGCACCACCUCAGAUGGAGGUUACUCUUUCAAAUAUGAGACGGUGCCCAACCUUCUCACACAGCACUGUGCUUGCAUCUAAGGGAGUCCAGAGGGUGGCCAAGCCCCCACAAUCACCAGCCUGGAAGAAGAGCAGAGUUCAGAAAAUAGAUGGUUCCCACCUCCCCUCUCCUUCUGCCUGGAGGCUCCCCUCCUCACCCCAUCCCACAGGUGACAUGACAAUAAACAACAUGGUGCA